GAGGUGGCGGUGGUAGUUGCGCAGCAGAAAGAACGAUUUGGAAACGAAAGGACAGAGUCAGUUAUGGGCGGUGCAUUGUGGGGAACGCGCGUGAUGGAGAUCGUGAAGAAGCAUGACUCUGGAGGACUCCUUUGGAAGCGAAUUAAACUCACCACCACCAGAAAGGCCAACGCUAAGAAGCGCCUCCUCCGCGUUUGGCAGAAUGAAGCUGUCUUGAAAGCAUGUUCUCAAUCAUCUGCUCCCGCUCCUGCCACUGCCAACAACUCCUGAAGGACGCUUGUUUCUCGUCAUUCAAUCCAUUUUUCGCUUCAAAACCAAUUUGUAACCCCCAAACAUCCUACUCCAUUUCUGCCUUUAUAGACUGUUUUGUAAUAUGUGGUUUUAAUAUAUUGCUGACAUAUCUUGGUAGUUAUUCU